UAAAGACGCUGAUGAGCCCGUCUGACUCCGAUCGAUACUGACUUGACUCGACGACUCGCAGUGCACACUCGAGUACUUAUUGUCGACGACAGCACGCAGCUUGCUCAGACUCAACACCAUCCCUGCUUGGUCACUACCAAGAAUGUCGAAAUCGCGGUUCAACGAAGAGGACUCCAAACUCGUCAUUGAUCUUUAUCGACUAUCCAGGACAUCUUCAAAGCUAGUCCAGGGCAACGAAUAUGCUGUACCUUCGGAUCCCUCGAUCAUAGUCACCAGCUGGAAGAUGAACGAGUUCAAAUAUUAUGAUGUCCCAUCCCCAUUCCCUACGUUGGCGAGGGGUUUGUUCACCCGUCAGCUGCUAACAGCGCCGGGUGAUGAAAACCGGUUUCAGAUCAUCGUGCGAGGCUAUGACAAGUUCUUCAAUAUCGGAGAGGUCCCCUGGACGGAUUGGUCUUCCAUGCAAUUUCAUACGGGACCAGAUUACACCCUAUCGGUGAAAUCGAACGGAUGUAUAAUCUUCAUCGCACCCGUGACUCCAUCCAAGUUAAUCGUAGCGUCAAAACAUGCACUCGGACCAAUUCAAGGCGUGGAAGAGAGUCAUUCACAAGCAGGCCACCGGUGGGUGAGAAAACAUCUUGCCGAUAGGGGAAAAACAGAAGAACAAUUGGCGGCCGCCCUAUGGGAAAAGAGAUGGACAGCGGUAGCAGAGCUCUGUGACGAUAGCUUCGAAGAACAUGUAUUGGCCUAUCCACCAGAAAAGUCGGGCUUGCACCUCCAUGGCAUUAAUGAAACCCACAAAGCUUUUCGUACCCUCCCACCAAGCAUCGUCGAUGCGUUCGCAGAAGAGUGGGGAUUCACAAAGACGCCCACGCUCGUGUUAAACUCAUUAUCCGAGGUGAAGGCGUUCACGGACAACAUCGCGAAGACCGGAAAGUGGAACGGUGAACCUCUCGAGGGAUUCGUCGUCCGAACUCACAUCACCGAUCCCAAACCCGGCUCGACAGUACGUGACCGUCGACCACCAUAUCCAACAGGCUCCUCUUUCUUUUUCAAAGUAAAAUUCGACGACCCAUACAUGAUGUAUAGAGAUUGGAGAGAAGUCACCAAGACCUUGCUUUCAGCGAAGGGUCCCCUUGAUGAAGUGAACAUUCCCAAAUCGAAAUUGAAACGUCAGGAGACACAGCUGUAUGUCAAGUGGGUAAAAGAAGAAAUCAAGAAGAAUCGCACAGCAUUUUCAGAGUUCAAUAAAGGAAAGGGUAUUAUUUCAACCCGUGAGAGGUUUUUGGACUGGAUGAAGAGCAAGCAAGGGGCUAAAGACUUGAAGGACUUGAAGGAGAGUGCGCCGCAAAGGUUGAAUUUUGGCGAGACCAUUAUCGUUCCUGUCGCCAUUCCCGGAUGUGGCAAAACUGCAGUGUCAAUAGCAUUGGCUCAUCUCUUUGGAUUCGGACACACGCAGAGCGACGAUGUACACGUCAAAAAGGCCGCUCCAGUCUUUAUAAAGAACGUCGCAACGCUUCUUAAGCACCACGAUGUAGUAAUUGCUGACAAAAACAAUCAUUUACGGCGACAUCGCGAAGCCCUGUUAAGCGUCGCUUCCAAGAGGAAGCCGCCAGCGCGCCUUUUGGCACUCAACUGGAGCUUCGACAAACCACCAGCCACGAUCCACCGGCUUUGCGGAGAUAGGAUUCUGUCGCGAGGCGACAGACAUCAGACUUUGCUUGCGGACGCGGAAACGAAAUCGCACGAAGAUGUCCUCUGGCAGUUCAUUCGAGACCGUGAGGAACUAGACGACAACGAGGUGGAUGCCAGUAUUGAGAUGGAAGUCGAAGAUUCUCUGGAAGCCGCCGUCUCUCGUGCAGUGGACGGAUGCGUCCAGAUCCUAGGCCUUCAGAAGCCUAGCCAGGAACGCAUCGAUGAGGCUGUUCAAAUUGCCAGGGAGUAUGAGCCUAAAACAAAGAAGACCAGCGACAAGAAAGCCAAAGGUUUUGAACCGCGAUACUUCGGCAUACUGCCCGAAAUCGAUCUCCAGAAAGCCAUCGGUACUCGGUUGGAAGAAAUUCCCAAAGACAAGAAGGCCUUUUGGGACGAGCUUGUCGCGAACAAGCGCAUCACGGAUCGGCCUCAUAUCACUAUCACUCACCAGAAGAAUCGUUCAGAACAAUUACAUGUCUGGGAGCUGUGUGAAGCUGUGCACCGGAUCCCACGGCCUCCAUUUUUUUCCUUCAACCUUGCAUGCCUCCUGUGGAAUGACAGAGUGAUGGCACUCACCGUCGAAGACUUUGAACUAGUAACGGAAUCUGAUGGGAACGUGGACACGUAUCCUAACCAUGAGGGAUCCAUCUUCAUUUCGCAACUUCCUCACCAAAUCAAGGAUAUCCUACAUAUUACAAUGGGUACGGCUAACUCCAGUAUCCCCCCAGUGGAAGCAAAGGCUCUCGUUGAAGCUUGGAGACAUGGGAACAAGAGUGGUAUUAAUUCAUUGGAGAUAGAGGGGUUGUCAGGCGAGGGGUAGGGUUAAAGGAUUGACCUGAUAGUAAUUCUAACGUACCGCAUCGACCCCUGAACCUUUUAAUCAAACUGCAUGGCCAGCCACACUCACCAAUCCGUUGGUUUUUUGCCUGUGGGGUGCGGGUCCGUAACCACAGUAUACCACUUGCUCAAACAUACUCAUGCAA